CACAAAGCUUGCUAAAAUAAACACAUGACCAACAAAAUGUCCUGCAGUUGUCUAGUGUGGAGUACAAUGGUGAUUAUAGUAUCACUCCUCUUUACUUGAAAAGUUCUGAAGGGUUAACAUAGGGAAGGUAUUAUGGAGUUAGAGGAUAAAGGCUUUGUGAAAGGUGUUGAGUCAGGCAGAUCUGUGUGCACUGUGUGGCACAGGGCUAAGUCUCUCAUACUACUGUCUGUCCAUACUGUCCAACCGGAUUCAGUGGUCACUAUCCCCUGAGCAGCAUUUGUCUAGAUCUUUCAAAGGCACAUCUGGACUUCUCACUUUCUCCAGGAUCUUGCAUCCUUUGGACUCUAAUCCCACCUGGAAUUUCUUGUUAGGAUUUUGAUGUCUGUUCAUCUGGACUUCUUUAGUGCAUCUCCUUCACAGGUACCCUGUCUACUUGGAGAGGAGCGGUGAGCUCCAAUGCUCUCGCUCUGACCCAGUAAAGUUUGACGCAGACUUUUUUUUUUUGGUCAACUCAUUCCCUUUUCCCCCAGUUCAGCUACUCAGGUCUACUCUUUUGCUUUGGCGCCAUGGAUAUUGGUGGCCUCACCACAGUGGUUGCAAACUCAGCAUACAUUUCAGCUCGUGGCAGCUUUGAUGGCACUGCCAACCCAGCAGCUAACCGGGACAAGAAGUUCCACUCCAGGCUUAAGCUGCCCCACAUUACAGUAUGUGAGGGCCUUAGGGAGACCCUAGACCUCCAGUUCAAGAGCAUCUGUGUUGAACAGCCCAUUGGCAAACGCCUGUUCCAAGAAUACCUAGAGACAGCUAAUGAAUACAAGGGUCCCUGCCGUCUGUGGAAGGAUGUGGAGGGGUAUGACACAGCUGAGGAUAAGGAUCGUGCCAGCAAGGCCGCCAAGAUUCUCCAGCGCUACAUGGAACCUUCAGCCAAAUACUUUUGCCCCUUCCUGCCCGAAAAUGACAUCACCAAGGUGAAGGAGCGACAUGAGGAAGCUUCAGAUGACUUGUUUGUUGACAUCCUGGCCUGUGUUCUUGACUUCCUCAAGGAAGUUCCCUUCACCUUCUAUCUGGAGACCAUGUACUUCAAGAGGUUCUUGCAGUGGAAGUGGCUGGAGAUGCAGCCUGUAACUGAGGAGUGGUUCUUGGACUUCCGUGUGCUUGGCAAAGGGGGUUUCGGAGAGGUGUCUGCCUGUCAGAUGAGGGCCACAGGAAAGCUGUAUGCCUGCAAGAAGCUAAACAAGAAAAGGCUGAAGAAGAGGAAAGGCUAUGAGGGCGCCAUGGUGGAGAAAAGAAUUCUGGCUCGUGUUCACAGCAGAUUCAUUGUUUCCCUGGCCUAUGCCUUCCAGACCAAGACAGAACUUUGCCUGGUUAUGACCAUCAUGAAUGGGGGCGACUUGAGGUACCACAUCUAUAACGUAGAUGAGAAUAAUCCAGGCUUUGAUGAGCCCAGGGCGUGUUAUUAUGCUGCUCAGAUCAUUCAAGGCUUAGAGCACCUCCAUCAGAAGAGAAUCAUCUACAGGGACCUGAAGCCAGAGAAUGUUCUUCUUGACAAUGAAGGUCACGUGCGUAUUUCUGACCUUGGCUUGGCUGUGGAGUUAGCAGAAGGCCAGGAGAAGACAAAGGGCUAUGCUGGCACUCCAGGGUUCAUGGCCCCGGAGCUGCUGAGAGGGGAGGAAUAUGACUACUCUGUAGAUUACUUCACUCUUGGGGUCACUCUCUAUGAAUUCAUUGCUGCCAAAGGUCCCUUCAGGACUCGAGGGGAGAAGGUGGAGAACAAAGAGGUGAAGAAACGCAUCCUGAAUGACCCAGUAACCUACACAGAGAAGUUCUGUGAGAAUGCCAAGUCCAUAUGUGAGGCCUUGCUAGCCAAGGAAGUGGACAAAAGACUGGGCUUUAAGAACGGGACUUGUGAUGAGCUACGUGCCCACCCUUUUUUCAGCAGCAUCAACUGGAGGAAGCUUGAUGCAGGAAUUCUGCCACCCCCUUUUGUCCCUGAUUCGAAGACCGUUUAUGCCAAGGAUCUUGACGACGUGGGUGCCUUCUCCACUGUGAAAGGGGUCGCCCUGGAAGACCCAGAUAAAGAGUUUUUUGAUGAGUUUGCCUCAGGAAAUAUCUCCAUACCUUGGCAGGAAGAGAUGAUUGAGACAGGCAUCUAUGGCGAGCUGAACGUGUGGGGUCCUGGUGGCACGGUGCCCAAUGAUCUCCGGCGUGAGUCCAUCCUGGAGCAGCCAAAGUCUUCCACCUGUAGCGUAUCAUAAACACUUCCAUUCAAAAAGAACUUUUUCCCCUUCCCUCAGUGUUCUCUGACUGUGUUGAGGUCAUGCAGUGAUUUAGUUAUAUUACAUCAUCAUCACUAAAAAAAGACUUCUAAAAAGCUUUUUCAAAAGUAUUAAUGGGAAUAUUAAGGCCGGCCAAUGUUUGUGUUAAAAAUCAUGUAUCUUUUCUUUUAAUGACCUUCAAAGCAAGUUCUGCAGUGCUGAACCAGUGAGCUUGCCUGUCCUCUGCUUUGAAAUCAAUUCUGUAAAUUCUUCUGAAGCUUUUUAACGGAACUCUGUUUGGUGCGAAACGUCUUUGCUCUUCAUUAUUCUGAACAUCCAUGGAUGAAAACGGAUAAAAGAAGGGAUAUACUUACGAAUUUUCUCGUUAUCAUCUAUUGUUAAUUUAAAGCUAAACCUGGUUUGUGUUGAUGAGUAAUGCUUGAUCAGCUUUUUGGUUUAAAUAGUGAUAUCAAAUACUGUAUUGCUGACUAAAAGGAAAUGUCUGUCUUUUUGUCUGUAUGUUUAUAUGUUUACAGUAUUAAUCUUAUGCAUUUCUGUUACUCGAAGAAUUAGAUGCUUAUCUUGCUUGAUCUCUUGGUUCAAAGGUACCAGAAUUAAACAAGUAACUUUAUGAUUUCAUGCAGACUGUCGUUGCAUUGCUGUAUGUCCUGUGUGUUAAGUUGUGACUUGAGUUCAUUGGAUGCCAUUUCUCAUUUAUAAGUUGUAUCAAAACUGAGUAGGCCUGAAACUAUAACUUACCUGUAGUGAAUUCAAUUCUUGUUCUGUUAUAAUGCACCAUAUGGAUCUCCAGUGGUAUGUUUUUUUUUUUUAAGCA